CGUCAGCGGUGUCGCAGCGGGGCCGGAAGCGGGCGGUGCGCGGGGCGGGCGGACAAGAUGGCGGACGGGGACAGCGGCAGCGAGCGCGGCGGUGGCGGCGGGUUCGGGACCGCCCGCGGCGGGGCGGGGGGGGCCGGCCCGGCCGCGGGGCCUGGCGGCGGCGGCGCGGCCGGCCCCGAGCAGGAGACGCAGGAGCUAGCGUCCAAGCGGCUGGACAUCCAGAACAAGCGCUUCUACCUGGACGUGAAGCAGAACGCCAAGGGCCGCUUCCUCAAGAUCGCCGAGGUGGGCGCGGGCGGCUCCAAGAGCCGCCUCACGCUCUCCAUGGCCGUGGCCGCCGAGUUCCGCGACUACCUGGGCGACUUCAUCGAGCACUACGCGCAGCUGGGCCCGUCCAGCCCCGAGCAGCUGGCCCAGGCCGCGGGGCCGCCGGGCGAGGACGGCGCGGGGCCCCGCCGCGCCCUCAAGAGCGAGUUCCUGGUGCGGGAGAACCGCAAGUACUACCUGGACCUGAAGGAGAACCAGCGCGGGCGCUUCCUGCGCAUCCGGCAGACCGUGAACCGCGGGCCCGGCGGCCCGGGGGGGUUCGCGGGAGGCCCCCCCGGGCUGCAGAGCGGCCAGACCAUCGCGCUGCCCGCACAGGGCCUCAUCGAGUUCCGCGACGCCCUGGCCAAGCUCAUCGACGACUACGGGGGCGAGGAGGACGAGCUGGGCGGCCCCGGUGGCGGCGGCCCGGGCGGCGGGGGGCUCUACGGGGAGCUGCCCGAGGGCACGUCCAUCACCGUGGACUCCAAGCGCUUCUUCUUCGACGUGGGCUGCAACAAGUACGGGGUGUUCCUGCGGGUCAGCGAGGUGAAGCCGUCCUACCGCAACGCCAUCACCGUCCCCUACAAGGCCUGGGCCAAGUUCGGCGGCGCCUUCUGCCGCUACGCCGAGGAGAUGCGCGACAUCCAGGAGCGCCAGCGGGACAAGCUCUACGACCGGCGCGCCGGCCCGCCGGGACCCGGCAGCGGCAGCGGCGCCGGUGACGACUCCGACGGCGACGACGUGGACGACGACUGAGCCGAUCCCCCAGCCCUCGACCCCGACGCCGGCCCCCCACCACCCCCCCCGAGCCCCGGGGCAAAGGGGUCCCCAGUCCCCCCUCCCAGCGACGGGGCAAAGGGGUCCCCGAACCCCCCUAACAGCGACGGGGCGAAGGGGUCCCUGAGCCCCCCUACCCCCCUCCCAGAGAUGGGCUGAAGGGGUCCCCGAACCACCCCCGUCCCCGCUCCCAGCAACGGGACGAAGGGGUCCCCGAGCCCCCCCCCCCCCCCCCCCCCAGCAGCGGUGGGGCACGGGGGUCCCCGAUCCCCCCGAGCCCCCCCUCCUGCCGCCACCGGAGAGAGAGAAACCGGCCCGACCGUGCCGCGGCCCCCUCGCCCCCUCCCCUGCUCCCACCACGGGACCCCCGGCCCCCAGGAGUCGCUGCUUUGGGAGGGGAACGGGGAUUCCCCCGCAGCCCCCUCCCCUCCCGGAGCCCCCCCAUCAAAACCAGCACCCGAGGGCCCCGGAGCUGCGGCAGCGCCGGGGGGAGCAGCGGAGGCACCUUGGACCAACGGCCGUUCCCUCGGCUUGUGAUUUUUCCUUCAUUUUCCUUUUUUUUUUUCCUUUUCUCCUCUUUCCACGUGUUUUUUUGGCUUGUUUUGUUUUGUUUGGUGUUGGUUUUUUUUUUUUUUUUUUUUUUUUUGGUUUUGUUUUGUUUUUUGGGGGUUUUUUUGUUCGGUUUUUUUUUUGAUGCAAACUCCGGGCACCCGAACUGGAACCGGCCCCGAGCUGGCGGCUCCCUGACGAUUAGGGAAUAUUUUCUCGGUUUUGCCGAUUUCUGACCGUUUUUCCCCCCUCCCCGUUUCCCGCCGGAAAGGGGGAGGCGCCGGCACAAAGCACAAGGAAAAACUCGACGGGGCGAACCAUCUUCCAUUUCUCUCCAAAUAAGGCGCCUCCGGCCCCGUUUCACUAGGACCCGCCGGAAUCCGCCCCUUGGCUUCACCCAAAUUGGAUUUUCCGGCCCCAAAUCCGUGGCCACGCCCGGCCCCGGCACCUUGGGGGUGGAUUUUGGAGGUUUAUUGUUAUUUUUUGCCUCCUUUUGUCUUUUUAUGCCCCCCUGGGCCUGGCCCUGGCGCUGCCUGGUCCCUACAACCACCUCCUAUUAAACACAUUUUUCCACUCUCAAAUAGUCUUUUUUUUUAAUUCUUUUUCACUCCCUCAGCUCAGUCCCGCCCUUUCCAGAAUUCCGGUUUUUCACCCCGUUUUCCCACAACUCUGAACUCCAUCGCUCUCAUUCCAAAGUUUUGCCUCUUCUUCUCCAACGGUUUCACCAUUUUAGGACUUUUCUUUUUUUCUUUUUUUCUUUUUUUUUUUUUUUUUUUUUUUUCCUUUUAAUCCAUUUUUGGGAGCCCAAUCAGCUGCCUCCUUAAUUUAUUACCAUGGAUCCGGCAUCUCCCACUCUCCAUAUUUAUUGGGAAGUGAGGAACAGCCGCAGAGCCCUGGGGACCCCCGCACCGCAGGGAUGCUGCUGUCCAUCCGUCCAUCCGGCCCCAUCCCGCUGCUCCCACUGCUCCCGCUGCCGUCGCUGUUUUUAAAGGGAUUUUUAAAGCGAAUUUCUUCCGUUGAUCCCGUUUUUAAGCCUUCUCCGUCGCAAAGGACCCGGAUCCCUCACUCAAUCACACGGGAGCAAUAGUCCUUCCUCGAUGGCUGAUGUGUCCGUACUGUAUUUUGUACCCUCAGGCAGCUCUUUCCGGUGAAUUCCUGCUGUAUCCACCCAUCCUCCUGGUCCUGUGUUCUUUGCCACGGAGAAAAACCAUAAACCACGACGGCGACAAUGGAUUUGGGGGGAAAAACGCUCCCACCUCCGCGGGACUCACCGGCGUCCAGCCGCGGGACCUCUCCUUUUAUUUUUGAAGAGGAUGAGAGAUAUAUAUAUAUAUAUAUAUAUAUAAAAAUAUAUAUAUAUUCCUUUGGGUUUCUUUCUUUUGGCUGAAUUGCGGUGAUUUAGCCUUAUUUCUACUCUGGGAGAGCGGCGGAAUCACUGCUGGCCCGGCCCAGCUCUGGGAGCUGGCUAGAAAUACAUGGAAGAGGAAAAAAAAAAAAAAAAAAGGCAAAACCACCAAAAUCCAGUAAUAAACCCAAAAAAGCUCCCGGCGUUGGCUCAGGGAGUCUUUCCUGGCCAGAGAAGUGCUGGAUCCAUGGACAGAACCUCCCACAGCUCCAUUUGGGUGGGAAGAGCAGAGCACGUCGGGGGAAGACAGCAGAAAAAAACAGACAAAAUGAGAUAAAAUAGGGAAAAAAGGGGAUUUGAGGUGCCAGCUGAAAUGAGGGGAGCGGCCAUGGGGGCUGCCAUGGGGGAGGGGAUUUGGGGGGAGAAGUUUUGGGUUGUUUUUCUCUUGGAGUCCCCCAGGAGCCGUUGGGUGUUUCCCAGGAAAGCAGGACAACGCCGGCAUCUCCCCUGAACCCCCUUCCCAUCUCUGUGUGUAUAGACAUGGCUGUGUGUACAUAGCUCAGAUUCGGUUGGGUUUUGGGUUGAAUUCUGUAGAAAAUGGGCAAAUUGCUUUUUUUUUUUUUUUAUUUUUAAACCACAAAUAGGGGGAAAAUAUCCCAAAUUCCUGGUACUUCCAGCUUUGCUGCCCCAGAGGGGUUGAUGGAGAGCGCGAUGAUGGCUGUACAGACAGAAUAUUGGAAGUCUUGUACAAUGCCCCAAAACCCAGUGGAAAAUACCCCAAAUGGCUGGGUCUGGAGUGGGUGGUGCUUCCAGGGCAAGUUCAAACAGCUUCAAUUCGUUUUGCCCUAAAAAACAUGGAAGAAAAUUCGGAUUCUCCUGCCUGUUUCCAGGCAAAUCGGGAGCGGUGUAGGAUGGUUUGGGGGGCAGUGCCAGUGGCGGCUCCUCAUGUUGGUGACAAAACCAACCCAACCCCUCACUGGCCUCUCAUAAAAAAGCAAAAAGUGGAAAAAAAUCGCAAAAAAACUGGAAAAGAUUUUAAAAAAAGCAGCUGAGAGAGCACUGGGGGUACGCAGGGUGGUGCACCACGGAGCUCAGUAGGUGUUCCCAGUGGGAAAUCCCAGCUGGCUUCAUGGAUGCUCCCAGAUGUUCCAGCAGGGCGAGGCCACCGGUGCCAUCGCCCUCCUCAUCCUCGCGGAGCCGGUAGAGCCAGCGGCGCUGGAGCCAAGCCACGGAGCCGGGGUUGGGUGUUGGCAGGAGAACCCAGAUGCAGGCAGGACAGCCAGGAAGGAGCACGGCACAGCCUGCAGCUCCCGGGGUUCAGCCCCACAACAGCGGCCCCAGGGGGCUCUGGCCUCGGAGCAGCAGCUGAGAGGCAGCUGGGCCAGCACAGGUGGCUCACCAGGCCCCAGCACACGGGUCAGCCCAGCCAGGAGGCUGGGACAGCAUCGGUGGGGAGAGCACUGGAUCCUCCUCCAAGAGCCAGGCGCUCCCAGACUUGGAUUCUCUGACAGCUGGGUCCUCCAAGAAUUGUAUCCAAAAGCUGGAUCUUCUGAGUUGGAUCCUCUGAGAGCUGGAUCCUCCAAACACUGGACCCUCCUCUUUGAGCUGGGUUCUUCUCCAAGCAGCAGAUCCUCCUCGGAGAGCUGGAUCCUCUGACAACUGGAUCCUAUGAAUGUGGGAUCCUCCUCCGAGCACCGGAUCCUCCUCAGAGCAGCAGAUCCCAGGAGCGCCACCUCCCUCCCCGAGCGCUCGCCAUGAUGUCCCUUUGCCGAAAAGAGAAAAAAAAAAUAAAGUUUUAUUCCUGUUAUUUUUUUAAUGAAAGAAAAACAAAAACUAAAGCAAACCUGCACUUUAGGCAGCCGGGGGGACCGGGGCCCCCGUGUCCCUUCCCUGCAGCCGGCGGGGCGGCUCCAGGGGCCGGAGGCAGGUCCUGGGUGUUACCACUAGCGCAGAUGAGGCCGACGCGACGAACUCCUCCUGCUCCGAGCACUCCUGACGUAGCAGAUUUUUGCAAAUGGAGUUUUACAGUCUAUAUUUAAAGAAUUGUAUGUUUGUAACAAAUAAAGUAUGCGGAAAAGUGAAUGAAAA